CACAGUGAGGAAGAUCAGGAGUGAAACAACUGCAGAGCUGAGCAGUGGUGCCCCGCAGCUGGGCAGGCACCGAAGAACUUCAGCCCUGAGUCUUUCUAGGUCGUUUCUUCAGACCAAUGUUCCAAACAGGGAGAGGCUCCCGGGAGGAACUGGGUCUCCCACCCUUCUGGCUGCUGCAACCGGGACACCCUGAAUCCACAGCAGGGACACGAUGCCAGGGGAUGGCUGCUCCCAGUGCCCUCACCCUGGCUCCCUGGUGUCAUGGAGGGUCCUCAGCCCCAGAGCUGACUCAGAAGGUUGCAGUUGAUAGUCAGGGAUGGUUUUGUGAGGUUCUGGAAUUAGUUUCUUGCAGGGUGAAUCUGCCAAUGACUUUGCGGGUGAAAGAUUGUACUGAUGUCACCGGGAGCCCAGGGCUCAGCUCGGUCUGUGCUGACAAGCUGGAUGCUAAAAAUAAUUUGCCUUCCCCCACUGGCACCCACAUCUGGGAAAGGAUGAGGAAAGAGGGGUGGGGAGCAGGAAUGCCUAUCUGCCCCUGGGAGCAGGGGCUCUACUGCGUUGUCAUCACUGGUCAGCGCUCUGCCGCGCUCACAGCUCCCGGCGCUCUCACGAGCAGGGUGGCACCGUCACCCCUCCUUGUCACAGCAGGGGCUGUCUGGCUGCUGCCCACUGGCUGGAGGGCUGGCAGGGCCACGUGGGCAGCGUGGAAUGCUCAGGGUGCCUCAGCCACCCGUUCCCAUCGUGCUGCCAGGACAUCACCCCUCUCUCUGGGGCAGUUCUCUCCACGAUGCUCCAGCCCAGGAGCGGGCGUGGGCACAGGGCACCGUGGGAUGGGCAGGGUGGCAGCUCGUGUGCCACCACCUGCCACCGCCGACACAAAUGCCCCAAGACACAUGGAGAGAGGGGCAGCAGCGCAGUGCUCCAAGCCUGCCGGCCUCAGGACACCGUGCUCCGCGGAACGGUGCCGGCAUCGUGGGGGAAACCCGGUGGGGUGCCUGCGUGGCCAGGGCGAUGCUCAUCCCCUCUGUGGGGUGCGGAUGUGUGGUCACCGUGCCAUGGCAGCGAGGACCAUGACAGGGACAUCCCCACUCAACCCGUGA